GGUCUCGCCGGUGGGUAUAAAAGGAGGGCAGAGUUGCAGCGGUGGCCAGCUUGGGGACACUCAGCAGAGCCUCACACCCCACACAGGGCCCCUCAGCACUAAGCACCAUGACUUCCGUCGGCUACGAUCCCUACUUUUCCUCCUACCGGCGGCGCUACGUGGAAGCUGCCCCACGAGUGACGCUGCGUAGCAGCCCGGCCGGCGUCUGCCGGUCCACGUACUCCAGCUACUCGUCCCCGCUGCCCUCGACGAUCGCUGGGCCACGGCAGCACUAUGGCCGUGCCUUCUCCACCUCCACGUCAGCCUCUCUGUCCCUGCUGGGCUCCACCCCGGAGCUGGACAUCAGCCAGGCGGCCCAGGUGAGCUCCGAGUUCCGGACGGUGCGGAUGCAGGAGAAGGUGCAGCUGCAGGAGCUGAAUGACCGCUUCGCGGGCUUCAUCGAGCAUGUGCGUGAGCUGGAGCAGCGCAACCGUGCGCUGGAGGCGGAGCUGCUGGCGCUGCGGAGGAGGCACGGCGAACCCAGCCGGCUGCGCGUGCUGUACGAGCAGGAAGCACGUGAGCUGCGGACCGCCGUGGAGGAUGGGCGCGCUGAUAACCAGGCCGCUCAGAGCCGCCGGGACCACCUGGAGGUGGAGCUGCGGGGGUUGCAGGGCCGCUAUGAACAGGAGGUUCUGGCCCGCGAGGAGGCAGAGGCCCAGCUGCUGGAGGCCCGCCGGGGCGCGGAUGAGGCGGCGCUGGCCCGCGUGGAGCUCGAGAAGCGCGUCGACGCCCUGCUGGAGGAGCUGGCCUUCCUGAAGCGCAUCCAUGAGGGCGAGAUCGCCGAGCUGCAGGUGCAGGCGCAGUACAGCUCGCAGGUGUCCGUGCAGUCGGAGGUGGCCGGACCUGACCUGUCAGCCGCCCUGCGUGACAUCCGCGCCCAGUACGAGCGGCUGGCGCAGCGCAACAUGCAGUCGGCUGAGGACUGGUUCCGCAGCAAAAUGAGCGCCAUGGCGGAGAAUGCGGCGCGCCACAGCGACGACAUCCGCAGUGUCCGCGACGAGGCUGGUGAGUACCGCCGCCUCAUCAAGGAGUGCAACCUUGAGAUCGAGGCAUGCCGUGGGGCCAACCACUCCUUGGAGAAGCAGCUGCAGGACAUCGAGGAGAAGCAGAGCGCCGAGAUCGCUGCCAUGCAGGAGGCGAUCAACCACCUGGAGAACGAGCUGAGUGCCACCAAGAAUGAGAUGGCCCGCUACCUGAAGGAGUAUCAGGAUCUACUCAACGUCAAGAUGGCGCUGGACAUCGAGAUCGCGGCCUACAGGAAACUUCUGGAAGGAGAGGAGACCCGCUUCAGUGUGGGCAUGGGGGGCGGCAUGCAGAGCGUCUUUUCCCAGAGCGUGUCGGCCAUACCCUCCUUCGGCCGCUCCGUGUUCUCCCUGCAGUCCAGCGUCAGCUCUGGCGCCCCCUACAUGCUGAGCUCACGCCUGCUCAGCUCCUGCUUCUCCUCCUCCGAUGAGAUGGUCAUCUCUGCCAGCCAGGCCCAGCGUGCAGAGGCUGCCCCCCCUGCAGAAGAGGAAGAGGAGGAGGCAGAGGAUGAGAAAAAGGAAGACGAAGCAGAGGAAGGGCAGGAGGGAGAGGAAGGCAGCGAAAAGGGUGAAGGCAAAGACGAGGAGGAGGGGGAGGAGGAAGCCGGAGAAGGAGAAGGCGACGAGGGCGAGACAGAAGAUGCCGAGAAGGAGGAAGGGAAGGAGGAGAAUGGAGAAGCGGCCGGAGAAGACGAAGGGAAAGAAGCGAAGGUUGACAAGCCAGGGAAGACAGAGAAGGAUUAAGCAGGAGGUCGUGUAGACCAGUCAUUCUCAACCCAGUCCUCGGAAAUGUCGGACGGUCCACGUUUUUGCUCCCUGCCGAUCUGGGAAGGAGCGAAAACGUGGACUGUCUGAGAGUCCCCGAGGACCGGGUUGGGAAUCACUGCUGUAUACACGGGACAAUCCUCCCUCCAGCAAGAAAAAAAACAGCUGUCCGAGAAUCCAAUUCACACGUGUGCUAAAAACUGAGGUGCUCCAUUUAAGGUCUAUGUGAUGUUUGCUAAUCGAGCAGUGGGCAUGGUGAGCGUGUGAGAGAGGUCAGUGUCCUGUCAGUGUCCUGUCAGUGUCCUGCCGGGGGAAGGGAGGGCAUAACGUGCUUUGAAUAUGUCACCACAAUUUGCCUAUUAAACACAACUGUGUUUGAUGUACAACUGUAUCAAAAUGCCUUAGUCAAAUGCUUCCACUAACAACCUGUCAUGUACGGAACACAAAUAAAAACAAAU